UUUAGUUCGGUAUUUUUCGGAAACUAUCGGUUUCACUCGGACGCGUUUGACUUGCAUGUGCCGACUGUGAUCAUUUCGUGAACUAAUGCAAAAAGCAAAUGUCGUUUUUGAACGGAAACUCCACUGUGUAGAGACUACAGAGGGAUUAUGAGAGAAUAGAUGGCUGCUAUUACUAUUACUAUUACUGCUACUACUGCUGCUGCUGCUGCUGAGUGCCAUGAUGAAGUUACAGCACUGAUGCCAUCGGCAUUCUGACGAGCUCUUGAUCCAUCCAUUACACACACAGCUCCCCGGUGAAUACCUCUCUCACUGCCGUCUCUCUGUCUUCUCGUCUUCAUUCCCGUUAACCCGUUCUAUCCGACAUAAAUCAACACAGCAGUGUUAAAACUGCACGGCUGUUCUGACUGAAACCGCGACGCCUGUCAGUCAUGCUGCUUUUCACCAGACAAACAAAGCGCUUCAUCGGUCAGCAGCUCGUUUCUCUGAGCGCCAUCUAACCAGAGGCGACCUGAUAAACCUGGACACUGGGAAACUUCUAAAACUACAAACACAGGAACAAUGGCUUUGAUGGACCCUGUGUCGAGUUACAGUCCUUCAGUAUGGGUCAGAAUGUGUCAUUCACUUCCACGCCUUGAUCUGACCAUGCAGAUGCGUGACAACCUGUUCAAACCUGACAGCUGGGAGUACCAACAGACUCUCCUGGUUCUCUCCAGUCUUUCAGCCAUCACUCUCGUCCUCUCUCUUCUCGUCAUCCUCUCCUUUCUCAUCCACUACUGCUGCUGUAACCGCGGCGAUGCAGGCAGGGACGGAGAGGAAGAGGAAGAUGAUGAUACCAGUGGUGGCCAUGGAUACGGCAGCAAGAAGGGGCGGCGCAUCUGCUGUGUCACAUGGGUGUCAGUGGCGGCUGUGACACUUUGCUGUGUUGCCAUAGGCAUUGGUUUCUACGGGAACAGCGAGGCAAACGAUGGGAUGUACCAGUUGACCUCAUCUUUACUGACGGCCAAUCACACACUGGCUUCCAUCGAUCUGCUGAUUUCAGACACCGUAGCUGCUCUGCACCAGGCCAUCUCAGGACCUCUGACCUCCCUGGAGGACGUGUUUGGAGAAAACAAGGGCUUUCUGGUGUCCACUCGCACAUGUAGACGACUCUCUGAGCGUGUGGUGUCCCUCCUGUCCUCCCUUAUUACAGGAAAGGGCUUUAGCUCAAUCAUCAUUAAAACAAAUGAAAGCAUGGUGGGGGUUGUGACUCCUAUGCCCCCCUCUAUAGUCCAGACGGUGACCCCAAAUUCCAACAAUGUACCUGCACCCUUCUCUCCAGGCUGGGCAGCCAGUACACUAAUGGUCAAUGAGGACUACAGGUGGCUUUCUUAUAUGCUGCUUUUGCUUUUGGAUCUGGUGCUGUGUCUCUUCAUUCUGCUUGGCUUGGCCAAACAGGCCCGAUGGCUCCUUAUUUUGAUGACAGUGUUGGCCUGGUUGGCUCUGUUUCUAAGUUGGGGGUCUCUUGGCCUAGAAACAGCCACCGUGGUGGCGCUCAGUGAUUUUUGCUUUGACCCGAACACAUUUGUCCUCAACUCUACUCACUUUAACUCUGGAACGAGUACAGAAAUACUGGACUACUACCUGACCUGCACCAGGAAAACCACCAGCCCCUUUCAACAGCUGCUGACCCAGUCCCAGAGAGCACUGUCUAGCAUCCACUCCCACCUCUUCAGUUUGGAAAGAGAAGCUCUCCCACGCUUUUCAAAAGCAGACAAACCUCUGAGGGAGGUGCAGCAGAUCCUCAACAUCACCGAGGGAAAUUUCCAUCAGCUGGUGGCGCUGCUUAACUGUCGAGGCCUCAACAAGGAUUAUAUAGACUCUUUGAAAGGCCUGUGCUAUGAUGGGAUGGAAGGAUUGCUCUAUCUCUCGCUCUACUCAUUCCUCUCUGCUUUAGCUCUGACAGCCAUCCUCUGCUCCCUUCCUGGAGCAUGGAGGAGCUUUGCCAGAGACUCAGAGGAUUAUGAAGACUCGGACAGCGAGAGCGAGGACCCCUUCACUUCCCAUCAGGCACGUAGACAGACGGCCACGGGCUCACAGCGAGGGGCUUUGCCCCCCUUCUAUAGUUACCAGGGGGCUGGCUGGACACCCCCUUUUUCUAGCGCACCCCCGUUACCGACUCCAAACGCUUCCUCCAGUGGCAACCCUGGUUAUGAGAGCCUGCUUCUGAGUGACAGACAGUCCCCACCCCCGUCUUACUCUCCCAGCAUGCUGACGGGCUAUACGGGUAGUCAAUCACACCAUAACCACGCUCAUUCAAGGAACCUGUACUCACACUAAUUUUUACGUACAGUAUUAAAAAUAUAAUAUAUAGCAAAUAUUUAGUUUUAAUAUUGAAAGUUUAUUGAACUUUUCUUGAAAUUAGAGAGUUGAAUUGUAGAUGUGUAAAUCAUGGUGGAACGUCAGUACCACUGAAUCAGCCUGACAUUUAAAGUCUUAACCUGUUCAGUGUGGUUGUUACAGGGGAUUGAGAACAGGAUGGUACUGACGUUACCAUGUUGCUGUUACUGUAGUGCUCUAUUUUUAAAUGUAUUACCACUUUGUUUUGGAGUUUUUAUAUUAUUGUAUGCUAAAUCACAGAUACUUAAGAAUAAUCGGUAUUAUAAUGCAGCUUACUGGGCAGUUUUCUUUGUUUUGUUUUUCAUUUCAAAGUUUUUGACUGUACCUCUUUUAAAGGUGGUAACUCUCUCUAACCUUGUAUACCCUCUUACAUGGUGUAAAUAUAUAUUUACUGUAUAUGAUGGUUGAGUGUAUAUGCACUUUAAAUGGCAACAAUAAGAAAUAAGAUUUUCUCCAACUGCCCCACUGACUAUUGAUAAAAAAUAACAUGUUUAGUGAAGGAAUACUUUAUCUGCCACAGGCUGUAGGUCAGUAGCGUGAUGUACACAGCAAUAAUUCAUGCUUUUCCAACUGAAGGAGCACAAGUCUGCUGUAGGGGCAACAAUUGUAAAACUACUGCCAUAAAAACCUGAACUGCUCUUUACAAAAUGACACCCUGACUGCCAAACAGUAUGUUUACUACCAAUACACUGUACUCAUAAACAUUACAGAACAAGGUUUAGGAAGAGAAUAAGAUGCUGCACUUUUGAGAAAUGCUAGUAGAAUAUCUGAAAUGUGUACACUAACUUUUGUCUUCAUUUUGUAUCCUAUGUUUUUGUCUGUAUGCAUUAGGAAAGAAAUAUUGCUUAAAUAA